AUGACUAUACUCAAGUCACUGCUCGCCGGUGUUUGUGCUACACUAGCUGUAGCAAACCCUCUUCCUGCCCCCGAGGCCGACCAACUUCAGUCUCGUCAAUUCAUCACAGACUCCAAUGAGCUCAUGGCCGGGCCUUGCAAAGACGUCACCUUGAUCUUCACUCGUGGAUCGGCGGAAAUAGGCAAUAUGGGCUUAGUUAUCGGACCCCAACUCUGCCAGGCCCUCAAGGCGCAGAUCAGCCCCAACAGAGUCGCUUGCCAGGGUGUCGAGGGCCAGUACGUCGGCCUGAUCAAGCCCAACUUUCUCGACUACAACACAGACCCGAAGUCCAUCCAGACUGCAAAGACCACCAUCGAAGAGGCAGCCAGCAAGUGUCCCAAUACACAAAUCGUGGCGGGUGGAUAUAGUCAAGGUAGCGCCGUCAUCGACUACGCCGUGCAAGAGCUCAACUCCGACACCCGCAACAAGCUCAAGGGAGUGGUGCUGUUUGGCUUCACGCGCAAUAAACAGGACCACGGGCAGAUUCCGGGCUACCCCCAGGACAAAGUCAAGGUGUACUGCGCGCCGGGCGACGUAGUAUGCGAUGGCAUCUUGGUCAUCACGCCCUCACAUCAGGUAUACGGGGUGAACGCGGGCGACGCGGCGGAUUUUCUGGCGCGGCAGGUGAAUCUUCCUCAGUAG